AUGGAGGCGAAGAAGCCGGCGACGUCACUCGACGCUCAGCGUCGCGGCGGCAAACAGCGGAGGCGGCGGGCCCGGAAUAGCGGCCGCUUCCGGAGGCGCGCCUCGCUUCCGAUCGCCGGCGGGGCGGCCGAGCACCGGGUCUCUGUCGCUGUCUCUGCUGCCGCCGCCGUCGCCGGCGCCGCGGUAUUUUUAGGCGCCUCGCCGCGCCGCCCGCGGUCGUUUAUAAAGGCGGGUGGCGCGCGCGCCGCCCCAGUACGAGUGGCGUGGGCGACGUCCGCCGCCGGCCCAGCCUCACGCACCGCGCACGCACAGUGCCGGCCGGCGACGCACCGCGACGCGACGCGCCGCCCCGCUACACGACCUCACACCGACGACCGGCGCCCGACCCGCGCCGAAGGCUACGCGCUGAGCGACUACCACACCCGACUGAUACAGACGCAGCUUCCAGCGGCGGCCGCGGAGGCAGCGUGCGUGCGGACACGGGAGAGACACGUGUGCAGAGCUCCGUCCGUCCGAAUGGCGGAGGACACUUCUUCCGCGGCGGAGGCGCAGACGCCGCUACGGGCGGAAAGCGUCGAGGAGCGGUACCUGCGAAUCUGGAACCACGGUGAGUAG